AUGCGGUCUGUCGACUUCUCUAUUGUCACUUUCCCAGUACCAACGACCUCGUUGUGGCCACGAGACGCCGCUGAUCCAUGCGAAUUGCUACUGAGAUAUGACUUCUUCAACUCGCUGUGUCAGUCAUGCACGCCGCCCAACAUCCUACAAGGUGACAACCGCAAGGUCUACCUCAGUCUCGGUGCUGUUGCCCGUGAGAAGUGGGUAGCAGACGGACACCCGACUAUUUGGGAGCAGGAUGAAGCUUUCUCUUACAGUCCAUUACUUUGGGCCAAGACCCUAUGCGAAGUCGGCUUCGCGGUCGGCUUCAUCUUUGACGAUGAUCCUAGCGUCGUAGUAUGGCCCACGGGUGAUACGGAUCUGGUAGGCGGCCACUCGGCCGUCGUCUACUGCGCACAAGUCCGGCCUUCGCUAUGGCACUACAAGCCCUUUGCAAUCUCUGAUGCAGUCAGCACUACCGUUGCGAAGACCGCUCGCACAGUCGAUCUGCAGCCACAGAAGGGCACAUUGUUGAACCUGCCUUCGGAGCUACGCAAUCUCAUAUACGACGCAAGCCUCGAGCAUAACGAGCUAGACUGCGGACCGGACCCUGCGCCAUGUCUGCUUGAGAUGAGAGUCCCUGCACUGUGUUCGACCUGCCAUCAGAUUAGGGACGAAUUCGCGCCCAUCUACCUGUCUUCCAGACAGUGGUCGAUCGGGGCACAGAUCGAUGGACAAGAGGGCCCGAGAAAACCUGCUGACAGUAUCUUCUCGCCGGCCAAUUACUGGUUAAUGCACUUACCAGUUGAGGUAAGCUUCAAACAAAUCAGGAUCAGCUUGAUGUUCGUUUACCCGCCCCAUGGGUCUCGCCAGGAGUGUGUUUUGGUAUUCGAUAUCGAUGUUGCCACGACGAGGAAGGUGAGCAGAGCAGAAUUGGCGUUUCGGAAAUCCUCAUGGAGCCGGACGACGAGGAUAGAACAGUACGAAGACUUGCUUAGAGAACUCAUCGAUAUGCUGCUGGAGGAUGGCGAUAAGAGAGGCCUGACGAUGACGGAUCUGGUCGCCAUCAUGGAUUUUUGCUUACAGUAUCAUGGGCCACCCGAUUGA